UCUCGGUUUUCUUCGUUUCUCGGUCAUUUUCUACAUGACUAUUUUGUCUAUAUUAUCUGUAUUUUAGGGACACUGAUGUCAGCCUGCGCGCGGUCAAAAAUUUAAUUUACCGGGUUUAGUAGGGUGGUAUUUAAGUUUUGCUGUGCCUUUCGUUACCUUUAAAAUCGACUCAGUUAUGGAAGAAACCAUUUUGCUGCCGUCACCGAGCUGGUUCCUUGUGUCUAAUAUUGCUGUUAGCACAGACGGCUGGGUCAUAUAUGGAGGACCAAGUAAAAGUCUGUGUGUCUUGGAGCCUAUAAAAUCAGACGAUGGAAUAAUUGAAGGAAAUGAUAAAUACCGUGCGCAUGUAGUCACAAGGGCACAUCUAGAAAAGAUUGUAAGUGUAGACUUAUCACCGGAGUGGUUAGAAAAAAGGAAUUUUAUCUCAGGCAGUUCAGAUGGACUUGUUAAACAAUGGAUUGUGGAAAAACUCAAAAAUAAGUACAGAAUUAAAGCAACUCACAGCCAUGAGGUCCAUCAAAAGAAUAAAGAGGAGAUUGCUGGCAUUGGCUACAGCAAUGAAACAACUGCAAUAACAGUUGGUACUUACGGUAAUAUAGUAAAAUGGAACUUUACCGCAAACUUGGCCAAGACAUACCCCAACAUGAUGAAGAAUUUCAAGCCAACAUGUAUGGCUUGCUCACAGCAUUUACCUUUGCAUGUAGCGAUUGGUACCAAACAGGGUGUUAUAUUUGUUAUGGAUCUGACUAAUAAUGGAAAAUUAAUAUACAAAGUCCGUGGCCAAGACGAUGAGGUCAUGAAUGUAAGCUGGUGUCCAAAAUUCGAGGUAUCUAUUAACAAAACACUAAAGGAAUCAGAAAACAGAUCAUUCCUAACUAAGAGACUUGAGGCCAUAAGAAAUGAAGGCGAAAAAGAAAGUGUUCUAGAACAAUCCGGAAUUGGAAAGAACCUUCCGGAAGAUAGUUUUGAUGAAUCAAUAGUUGAAGAGGAUGAUACAUUUGAUAUUUACAAAGACCAUGAGCCAGACGAAUUUGGUCACAAGAAAUAUGUUCCGGAAGAUGUGAUUGUGAAGGUGAAGGAGGAAAAACCUAAGAAUGAUGAUUUCUUAGCUGAAUGUUUGAAGUUACGAGAGGAGAUCUUGAAAAGGAAGAACCAGCCUGAACCUAGUAUAGAGUCGUUAGUUCAAGCUUUAGAUGAAACGCAUGUUGAAGGUGAGGCUGCUGUGGAAACUGAAGUACCUGAAGCAGAGAAGGCCAAAGAAGUUGAACCGAGUACAAGUAAAAAAAGUAGUAAUCAAAAUACCAAAGAUCUUGUUGAAUCUAGUCCUCAUAUGCACAGGCAUUUGCUUGCUACUGUGGGAAAAUAUGGUGGAGUUAGAAUAUGGUCUAAAUCUGGUAAACUGGUUGCAACAUGUGCCAUUCCCAACAAUGCCAAAACCAUUAAGAACAAGGGUUCGAAUUGGCCAACUCUUUUGUGGUAUAGACCCAAUUCAUUAUUGGUAGUAGAUGGAAAGAGUCAGCUAUUAGAAAUGAACCCGCUACAAAUUGACUGUAAAAACAAAUUAGAAUUCCGCGUAGUCCACUCCCUGCACAAGCGCGGCAUGUACUGCAUCGCGUCGGACGCCCCGCGCGUGUUCUCCUCAGACACGCCCACCAACGGCGCGUGGUCCGUGUGGUCGUUCUCGCAGGACCGCAACAUCAUCCGCUACUGUAUGAAGACCAAGAAGGUUGUGGGUAUACACGCCACUUGUGGCGGGUUCUUGUACACCGUGCUGCCGUGCCCGUAUGAUGCUGAGAAGAUAGCAGUGAGUGUAGGCGACGGCGCGGUCCGCGUGUGCAGCCUGCCGUGGCUGGGCGCGCGGCUGCAGGCGGGCCCCGUGAGCUCGCACUGGCAGCACGUGCAGGGCAAGGUGCUGGCCCUGGCCUGGCACCCCACGCGGGAGAACCUGCUGGCCUUCGCCACCGCCGAGUCUAGAGUGGGUCUCAUAGACACAAGCAAACCGGACAAGCCGGCGCGUCCGUUGCAGACCGCGCUGAACGACGGCGUCUACUCCCUGUGUUGGGGUGAAGGCAUGAACUUGUACGCAAACGGCGGAGGGAAACUCGUAAUGUAUAGAGCUGAUAAACCUGACGAAGCCCCCACGGCGGUGCCGGUGUCGCUGGAGGGCGAGUGCUGGCAGGUGUUCGCGCUGAGCGGCGGGCCGCGCGGCCUGCUGUGCGGCUCCUUCGUGGGCGGCGUGGCGCUGCUCACGCCGCUCCCGCCGCACACGCUCGUCGCGGCUGCCUUCGUCUUCAGUAAAAUGAUACAUUCAAUGGAGUGGCAUCCUCAACAGACUUCUAGCUCUAGUGAUGAGUCACCAUACAAGGAUCUCAUUGCUGCAUGCUCUUUGGAAAGAGAUGGUGCUAUUGCCAUCCUGGAGUUUGGCACUAAACCAGACGGUACUAAGCAGCUAACAAAAUGGAAGACUCUAUUGGGCCACAAAGGCCCUGUAUUUCAAGUUGCGUGGAACCCUCAUCGCGAUGAACUGCUGCUUUCUACUUCACAGGAUUCUAGUGUUAGGGUGUGGGACAUAUCAGCGGGCGCGUGCGUGAGUAUAUUCGGCGGGCACGGGCAGGCGUCGCUGGGCGCGGCGUGGCUGGCGCAGCCCGGCGCGCCCGCGCUCGCGCUGUCGGGCGGCGCCGACGCCUGUCUGCGGCUCUGGGACGCGCGCCGGCAUGCCGCCGACAGCUAUGACGACACUAAACACGAAGUUCACUUAAAGAAAAAAGAAAAGAAAGCGCCUGUCAAGAAGGAAGCAAUCAAAAACGAGGCAGAACCAGCCAGUGAAAGUGGAGAUAUGGUCGCAAUGAGUUAUGAAACGGGUAACGAGAGAGUCGUGUCCAAGGUGCCCAAGAAGUUCAUGCUGCCUUUGAUGUUUAAACAAAUGAAUGAUCCGAACCAGCUACCGGCACCUAGGAAAAUGCUACAAUUAUACCUCGAAAAGACUGAAAAAGCUAUUAAGAAAGAAGAUGGAUCCAAAAACUUAUUGGUCGAUGAAAAUAGUAAUACAAAUACUGUUGAUGAGAAAGGAGAUCGUAUUAAGCUUGAGGGGGAGGUAGAUAGUGAUGUUCUUGAGAAUAAGGAUUUAACUGUGGAAUGCACAGAAGAAAAUGAAAAUAGUUCCAGAAAAGAUGAAAUUGAUUUAGACUUCCUAAAAGUGUUUGGGAGUAUCAAAGAAGUUAAUGAAUUUCUGGACAUGGAAAUGAAAUACCACUUGGCCACGGGUUCAUACGAAGCUUGGAUCAUGCUGUCCAUCUUCCGUGGUCACAUUGACAACAUGAUACAGUUCGCGAGCCAGAAAGAUAUGCUCGACCCAUUCUUACUCAGUAUUGCUCCUUGUGUUUCGUUCAAAUAUUGGAAAGACGCGACACAGCUAUAUUUAGCGCAAAUCGAUCGGGUGGUUGCGAUGAAAGAAGAGGAGAAACUUUAUGAAGUGAGGCAGUACGGUGGACCUGUGUACCGCAAGGUCGCUGUGUUGCUCAGCAUACACGAUGUAAAGGGCGCAGUGGCGGCGCUUGUCGAGGCCAAGUUUUUCAAAGAAGGUUACAUUUUAAGUCGGCUCAGGUACAUGGAUAGUGUGGCCGAAUCAAUUCUGAAAGAAUGGGCCGUCGACCUUGCUAUGAGUGGAAGAUUAACGGUUGCGGCUAUUUGCUACAUCGCCCUUAACGAUUUGUCACAAGCGGCCCAAGUGCUUUCCAGGUCUAAAUACCAAGAAGGUCUCAGUCUAGCCGCCGAUAUAGCGAAGGCGGCUGGCCGGAAUUCAUUCGCGGAUCACGUGGAGAGCAGAAAAUAUCUUAAAGCGAAGCUAAAUGCGGACAAAACUGAAGAAAUAUUAAAGGCUUUGCCGUCAAAGAUAGAACUUCUUAUGAAGGAGGGUAAGAAACAAAAUGGUGAUAAUUCAAGUGAGCUUAAUGAUGAUACCUCAAGUGAUGCUAUCAACGAGGGUACUGAAAACAAGGAAUAAAGUAUAUUUGUGUAUGUUAUCGGCUAUUGCCGAACGUUUGAUGAACUCUUACCAAGCCAGCCACUUCGUGGUUGACAACCAUCCAGUAUUUAAGAGUUGCGUUUUGUUUUUAAUUGUAAUUGUGUUUUUGUAAUAAACUUGUUUUAAAGUGAAA